AUGGAGAUAAAUGAUUUGUUGUGCACAUUUAAGUGUUUACGAGUGUUAUCACUAUCUCUCUACAAAUUCAUAAAUGUGUUGCCUGAUUCUAUUGGAAAUUUGAAACAUCUUCGCUAUUUGAAUCUUAAUGGCACCGAUAUCAAAGGCUUGCCUGAUUCUGUGUGUAGUCUGUACAAUUUGCAAACAUUGUUAUUGAGGAAUUGUAUUGGGCUUGUAGGGUUGCCAACCAACAUGAGAAGACUUGUAAACUUACGUCACCUAGAUAUAAGGGGGACCCGUUUGAAAGGGAUGCCAAUACACAUGGCUAAAUUGAGAAGUCUCCAAAAUUUAAGUGCUUUUUAUGUGGGUAAAGGAGAACAUAGUGGGAGUAACAUUAAAGAGUUGGGAGAGCUUCCGCAUCUUUCGAGCUCAUUGUGUAUAUCAAACUUGGAAAAUAUUUAUCACACAAGAGAUGCAAAGGAGGUUAAUUUGAAGGAUAAGAAGGGCUUGUCAGAGUUGGAGUUGAAAUGGGGAAGAGAUCAUGAGAACUAUGAUUCAGAACAUAAAAGAGACGUGCUUGAGCAGUUGUGUCCUCAUACGAACUUGAAAUCUCUCUCUAUCAUAUCUUAUUAUGGUGCAGAAUAUCCAAAUUGGUUAGGAGCAUGUUCAUUCUCUAAUAUGGUGUCCCUAAAGAUUGUCGAUUGUAAAUAUUGUUCCUCCUUGCCUCCACUUGGGCAGCUACCUGCCCUUAUGGAACUCUCAAUUGAAGGUUUAGAUGGAGUAUCAUGUGUGGAUAGUAAGUUCUAUGGGGAUGUCUCUUGUACAACCAACAAGCCAUUCAAAUCCCUUGAAAAAUUAACAUUUAAAGGGAUGCCAGAGUGGAAGGAAUGGUUUGUAUUUGAAGGUGAAGGUGAAGAUGAAGGCGGAGUUUUCCCAACCCUCCGAGAGCUUCGCAUUAUCAAUUGUCCCAAGCUUACAGGAAAUCUGCCCAGUUUACUUCCUUCUUUUAGUGUAAUUGAAAUUGAAGAUUGCCCCCAACUUGUUGCUUCACUUCCUAGCCAUUCGGCUCUCCAUGAAUUGGCCUUGACGAAUUGUGAUAAGGUGGUGUUGAAGGAAUUAUCACCUAAGCUGCAAAGUCUCGCAGUUGGAGGUUGCCAUACGUCUCUCCCUGAAGGUGGUCUACCCUCUACUUUAAAAACACUUCAAAUCAAUGGAGUACUUCAGUUGCCUGGGAGACGUUACUAUCCAUCAGUUGAGAGCUUGGAGGUAAAGAGAGGUCCUGGUUCACUUUGGUCUUUGCCAUUAGAGUUUUUCCCAAAACUCAAAUCUCUCGAAAUAAGGGGUUCUGAUAAUCUUGAAUCUAUUUCGGCAUCAGAUAAAUCUCUCUUGGAUCUAAGUUCUCUCACUAAAUUGAUCAUCUUUGGGUGCCUUAAUUUUGUAUCCUUUCCCAGCGGGGGAUUGUGCGCCCCAAAUUUGACACAGAUUUCUAUUUCUUACUGUGAAAAGUUAAAGUCACUUGCUGAAGGUAUGCACGCCUUCCUCCCAUCUCUUCUAUAUUUGGAGUUGUGGUACUGUCCAGAACUGGAAUCAUUUCCUGUGGGGGGUUUGCCCUCUAAUUUACAAAUACUUGAAAUCGAUUCGUGUGACAAACUCUUUCUCAGACACAUGGAGUGGGGUUUACAGAGUCUUCACUCUCUCAGAGAAAUUAAAAUUUGGUAUGAUGGUAGAGAAGUGGGUUCCUUUCUAGAGGAUGCGUCGUUUCCCCCUUCUCUCAUCCGCCUCACCAUUUCAUUUCCACAACUGACAUCACUCAAUGGGAAGGGAUUUCAACAUCUUACCUCGCUUAAAGAGUUGCAGAUUGGAUACUGCGAUAAGCUACAGUGCUUACCAGAAGAGGGCUUUCCCGCCUCCCUUUCUACUCUAGAUAUUUGGAACUGCCCUUUGCUAAAAAAGCGAUAUCGGAGAAAGAAUGGAAAAGAAUGGCGCAAAAUUUCUCAUAUACCCAUCAUAAUGAUCGACAAUGAAGUCAUCACAUAAGCUAAUGAGUCCAGAAGAACUACUGCCCAGUGUCAUUUUCAGUUGUCAAUAACAAGAGACACACCUUCCGUCAAUUUCAUGCCACUGCUAGCUGCUUAUCCUUUUACGAUGUGUAUGAACUCCUAUAUGUUUUCAAGUCAUUAUAAAGUCCUUUACUCUCAUUAUUGCUGGAGCUGCUUUCGCCUCGUUAUACAUUCAUUGCAUUUCUAGUUUGACCUUUUGAAGUACAAGACAGGAUUCAUUUAACCUAAGGUAAGAAACUGGGGCAGUUCAAAGCUAGUGCUGCUUCAAUAGCUGCUAAUAGCAGUUGAAACUCGCUACUCAUGUCUUGAUGGGGACUUGUUCAGACUCUCUCUUUUUGAGUUUUGGGAAGUUUUGGUGAAUGGGGGAAGAUGUGAAGUCAUCUCCAAAGGACAGGUUGCUGCUUUUGGUUCUUUGUUCUCUUUCAAAGUUAAGAGAGUUCAAAAGGCUCAGCACGUGACCGCUCUUGUAGAGACAAUGGUGUCAGAGGCAGAGGGAGAGAACUGAUCAAAGUCUGGGAAGGUGCUUUUACAUGACAAAUCAAGUCCGAUCAGAACACUCAUGUUAUUACCAACAAUCAUUAUCAUGCUUUUUAAGGCUAGAGAUGCUCUGUACUUCUUAGGUUUUCAGACACAAAAUGUGUGAAUGUUGAGGCCUCAGAAAAUAGCAUACAAGCCAAGAUAUCAAUUGUGACCGUAAAUUCAUGAUGCCUUUAGAACUUCCUCAUUUUUCAUCUCUUUUUCUAUCUUCCACGAAAACUCUGAAAAUGUAGCUGGAAUCUGCUGAGAAGACAUGGAAAGAGUUAUCGAUACUGUAAAAGUUGUAAGUAGAUUGAUUUCAGAAUCAUGUUUGUUUGUUUGUGUGUUUAGGGCCAAUUAUAUAUUUAUUGAAUUAAUUUGUUGUCUCUGUACUUGUAUGUCCUUCAACAUCCUUGCAUACAUAUGGAUGAUGAAAUCAUUACAUGAACUAAAAUCACAAUGUGACCCUGUUUUAUAGUCAGGUAAUGUGUUGUAGUGUUGUACUCUACCCAUUUUAGUUAGAUUACAUUUAUAUUUAUUCGUCUAUUUAUUUUUUGAUAAAUAUAGUACAUGUUAUCCAGAGAGAUGGGCUGCCUACCUCUGUUUCUUCACUGAGGAUUGGUGAUUAGUCUCCUUUGUUGAAGGAAAAGUGCCACGAUGAGAAGAGGGGAAAAGAAUGGAGCAAGAUUGCUCACUUCCCAUCAUAUUAAUUGCUGAUGAUCAUAUGAAACUGAAAAUGUAGACAAAAGUCCUCAUCACUUGUUUUCCUCAUUCACAUGCAGCAACAUAAUAUUACAGUUUGAAAUAACAUUUUAUUGACCAGUCGCAGGAAGAGGCUAUGGACUUAUCAGCUCACUACCAGCCAUUGCAGUUCAGCUUUUAAAAUGUUCAUGGGAUUGGCAUGAGGAGGCACGGAUGGCUAUAUAUCUGGAAGUGAACUCUAGGCAAAUCUUAAGCGGAUGGAUACAAGUUAUGCCUUGGAAUGAACGACAAUUUUGAAUCCGCUUUGAUUUUUAUUUUUUUCUUUACUUUUCUUUCUUAAUUUAUUUUCAAGGGGUGUUGCACUAUUCUACACGUUUUUCAAACAACAAUAUGCUAUAAAUAGCCAUAUGAGAUUUCGGUU